ACCCUUCUCCUUCCUGAACAAAAGUUCAAUCUCACCCCCGAUCCAAACGCCGCCUUCCUUACGUAAGCGAACUUUUUUCCAGAACACCACAGCUAACCACCACACGCCUUGAGCUCACAUACCACGGGCAAUUAAUCCGCCCAACAUUCCACCACCGCCGUCAAGAUGUCAGGAGCAAGGCAUUGGGAGCAGGACAAAGAAGCGACGGUGUACGUCGGCAACAUCGACGAGCGCGUCACGGACAGUCUGGUGUGGGAGCUCAUGCUGCAGGCUGGUCGCAUCGUCAACGUGCAUCUCCCCAAAGACCGGGUGACGCAGUCGCAUCAGGGAUAUGGGUUUGUGGAGUUUAUCAGCGAGGAGGAUGCGGAGUACGCGGCGAGAGUUAUGAAUCAAGUGCGCUUGUAUGGGAAGCCAAUUCGUGUGAACAAGGCCUCAGCAGACAAACAAAAACCCCUCGACGUAGGCGCAAACCUCUUCCUCGGCAACCUCUCCCCCCACCUCGACGAACACUCCCUCUACGACACCUUCUCGCGCUUCGGCGCCCUCCUCGCCCCCCCCAAGAUCGCUCGCGACCCCACCACCGCCCUCUCAAAAGGCUAUGCAUUCCUCUCCUACGCCUCAUUCGACGCCGCCGACGACGCGGUGGCCAAUAUGCACGGCCAGACCUUGCUCGACCGCGCUAUAUCAGUUCAAUACGCGUAUAAGAAAGACGGCAAGGGAGAACGCCAUGGUGAUCCGGCGGAACGUAUGUUAGCCGCACAAGCAAAGGCGCAUGGUGUAUUACCUGAGGCGCCCCCGGCACAGGCGAUGAUUGGAAUGCCGCCGUCCGCACCACCGGCCCUCGCGCCGCCGCCGCCGCAGCAGCAGCAGCAUUUCGAUCCCCAACAGCAGCAGCAGAUGAUGCACCACGCACCACCACCUCACCGUGACCCGUACGCGCGCGGUCCGCCACAGGGCUUCCCGCCGCCACCACAGCGUGUUAACGCUCCCCUCCCUCCCCCACCAUCUGGACUACCGCAAAGGCCGCCGCCGAGUCGGGCGGGGUAUGGAGGGCCGGAGGGCUUUGGAGGGGCGCCGCCUGGGCCGCCACCGCCGGGUUUUGGGGGGGCGGGGGGGAUGCCGCCGGGUUUGGGGACACCGCCGGGUGCACCGCCACCUGGGUUUGGACCGCCUCCUGGGAUGGCACCGGGGAUGGGGGCGCCGCCGGGGAUGCCGCCUGGGUUUAGGAGGUAGAUUUAUUGUGAGGAGGGGUCUGGGAAGGGAACGGGAGGAGGGUGGGAGGGAGGAUGGGAGUUUAGGUGGGAUGUAUGGAGGGCAUGGAUGGCGUUCUUUGUUGAGGAGGAGUCUUGUAUACUAUGCAGCGUGUUUGCAUCGGAUUUAUUUCGCAGGGAUCGAUGAGAAAUUGGAGGGAAAGAAAGGGGGAGGGGGAUGUGUGGGAAUGUGGAUGAGCAGAUGGAUAGAUGGAAUGGGCAAACUGUUCACAUCAGCGUCGUGCUGUGUUGCGUGCCUGCGAAUCCCUUAAACCGCCACCGCCACCGCCACCGCCUCUAACCGACCUUCCAACCCCCCCCCCCAUUCUCCACCCUCCAGCCGCACUGCCAAUCCCGUCACGCCGCCGUCUCUGCUCUCCCAAUACUGUGGUUGUGUCGCUAGGUUCGUAGACCUGGGUUUCCAAUAACGUGGUCGUGCCGUGUUGGUAGCCGGAAUGAUCCUGGGAAUAUUGAACGGCGGGGAGUCUCUCCGGUUCCCCGUUUCCCAAUGCCAUAGACCAUGUCAAACUAGCUGUGCUAGGAUAACGGCCCCUUUGUCUUGGAGGAUACUGAAUGAACGAACCAGCGUCAGUUCGUCAAUCUAUCGCGUCGUUGGUGCCCUGGUUUGUGGGUUCCAAUGCCGUGGUCGAACGAGGGUUGACAGCCGGACGAUCAGGGGAUUUAUUGAACCAACGUCACGUCGUCCGCGCCCGUGGUCUCGGAUUAGCUAUGCUGGGUUGACAGCUCUUCUAACUUGAAACCCCCCCCCCGAUCUCGUAAUUAUUGAAGUCUAACCCCCCCUUUUGAGAAAGUACCGACCGGGAUAUACUCCCGGUGCUUAUCCAAUAUUCCCAAUUUGAGAAAUUCCCACCGGAGAUAGGUGGGUUGCGCCGUUGGUACCUGUUGUCGAUGUUUGGGCGAUAUGAGAAUCCUCUCCCCCCUCUCCCGGAGAUACCCCAGUGGAUAAGGGGUCCUGGGUGAGACAUACUACUCUCUCGUCUCGCGGCACCGGACCACAACUGCCAUCUAACGUCUACUCUACACGCGUUAAUUCAGCCCUGGAUCCGGCUCGGAGAACCGAGGGUUCUGUCACAAAAGCCCCUUCCCCGUCACGUAGCGCAAGCGGAGAUGGUGAGGCAGUGAGUGGAUAUCGACGAGAGGCGGGGAGAUGUGCGGUGCUCCCCGAGCCGUUGUAUGUCUGACGUCUGGGUAGCUCGCCACACCUCACGUGAACUCGGCCCAAUCAACUCGGUGGGCCUCAGUUUUUGCUCAGUAUCUAUCGGUAUAAAAUAGUUCUCUCGCUCAGCGGAGAAAGUGAGGGACUGGGUGGAUGGAAAGUGAGACACCCUACUCUCCCCUACCCACACCUAACGUCUCUGGGUACUCUCUCUCAUGAUAGCAGCUUG